AUGUUAUUGAUACCUUUAUUAUGGUGUCGAAUACUCAUGUAUACAAGUUUAGUUGUAUGUUUAAUUCAAUUAAUUCAAUUAUUUAUUGGACUCUAUAAUCGAAUUAAAAAUUGGAAAAAAUUUGCUUUUAAUCUUUAUCUAUUUCAUCAUUUACUCGUUUGUAUAUGUCGAUCUUUAUUAACUUUUUUCUAUGUUUAUUUUGCUUGUUCAAACAAAUGUUUCCAAUUUGAAUUAAUAACACAUUGUCUUCUUCUUAUAUCAUCAUUUGAUAUUAUUUUAUUUGUUAUUAGUGAAUCAGCUCAUUUUUGGGAUUCAAGUGUACAAAUAAAAAGUUCACUUUAUAAUUAUUCUUGUUUAAUAUUUGGAUUAUGUUUUAUAUAUUUUAUUUCAAGUUUUUUUCUAUCAAUUCAUUUAACAAUUGGUGGUAAAAAUCCAUUUAUUAUUGAAUUAUGUUUAGUAUCAGAGAAAAAUACUGAAAAAUUGUAUGAAACUGAAAUACUAAAUCAAACAUCAUUUAUUCCUACAAUUAUUUCGUUCGUUUUAUUUGUUCUUAUUGAUAUUUUAACAUUUUCAUGGAUAAGAAUAAUAUAUAAAGAAAUUUAUGAACUAAAACGUAAAAGUUUAGCAUCAGUAUUUUUUCAAUCACUUGUAUUUACAAAAUAUAAAGCACAAGAACGUUCACAUUUAGUUGAUUUAAGUUUAAAACGACUUCAAUCAGCGAUACUAUUCGUUUCUAGUAAUAUUGUUGUCAUUAUUCCAAUUCUAAUCGUAAAAUUAUUUCAAUUAACAUUAACUACUUCUAUUCGAUUAAUUUUAAUAUUUUUAACAUCUUUACCUCUAUGUGAAUGUUUAACAUUUUUAUUUUAUGAAGAAUUGAAGCUAACAAAUGUGUGCUUUCAUACAUUAUUAAAACGAUGCGAAAAGGAGGAAGUGUACAUUCUUAAAUCAACAUCCAAAACUGAUUGUCGGUACAGAGAAGAAAUUGGAACGAAAUUAAGUUCGUAUAGAGAAAUUAAAUUGUGA